AUGAAGAGACCGACAAGACCGGCAACAACGGCUCCAGUUACUAAACCACUUUCAAGUUUGUUUCCGGCGCCAGUUGGUGCUUUACCGUCAGCUGGUGCUUUUCCGUCAGCUGGUGCUUUACCGUCAGCUGGUGCUUUACC